AUGGAAGUCGCGUCUGGCAGGCUGGCAGCCCACCUUAAGGCUUAUCUAUAGCUUGCGGCCACCAAAGAGGCGGUACUGCUGUGGGCGACAGCAGGACUGAUAAGAGGUACGUACCCGUCUUCUAGCCCGGGCCCAGAAAAAUGAUGCACCGCACCUGCCUGCACCAGUCUACCACAACAUCGAAUUUCUGGUUUAGGCUUAGCGCUAAAUCGCGCGUUGGUGAUCCGUGAUCGAGCUCCUCUAACGCGAAAACUACUUAACUUCUUCACUCCCCACCAUCAACGCCCUUUCUUCCAUCUUCAUCUCACUUUUCCAUCCACAACUCAAAGCCAGCCUUCAGCCAAGUCGCUUUUUACGCGUCUACCUCAAUACCCAACUUCUUCAUACAACCCAACCCCAAAUCCCAAAUUCACAAUGACUGGAGGCGGAAAGUCCGGCGGAAAGGCCAGCGGUUCCAAGAACGCGCAAUCUCGUUCCUCCAAGGCCGGUCUCGCAUUCCCCGUUGGUCGUGUUCACCGUCUGCUCCGCAAGGGCAACUACGCUCAGCGUGUCGGUGCCGGCGCCCCCGUCUACCUCGCCGCAGUCCUUGAGUACCUCGCCGCUGAGAUUCUCGAGCUGGCUGGCAACGCCGCUCGCGACAACAAGAAGACCCGUAUCAUUCCCCGUCAUCUUCAGCUCGCCAUCCGCAACGAUGAGGAGUUGAACAAGCUUCUCGGUCACGUCACGAUCGCCCAGGGUGGUGUUCUGCCCAACAUUCACCAGAACUUGCUGCCCAAGAAGACUGGCAAGACUGGCAAGAACCAGAGCCAAGAGUUGUAAACGGGUGUCGGUUUUGGGUUUUUUUCGUGCUGGUCGGCUGCUUUGGGUUGUCAUGACAUCGGGGUCACGGUUCAGGGUUCACGGUUGAUUUUCACGUUUGGGUUGUACAAUAAUACCACGGCAGGAAGCUAUGGUUACGAAUGAGAAUACCUUUUGAAGAUCAUGUUUUGCACAUUGGGUUGAUUGCAACGCUAUUUGUAAACUGACUCAGAACUGAUCGGUUUGCGUUUUGCGUUUCGCCAUUUGUCGACUGUCUGCGAAGUCUAAUAUUGGACAGAAACACGCAUAUAUGGUAUACAGCGUGUCCAUAUUGCUACUAUUCUCAAAGCUGGUCAACAAGGCAUAUCCCUCCUUGAACUUUCGGGU